UGACCUCUGAGCUACUAGGGCAAUUAGUAACAUUAUAGGGACUUUUACUGAUAUUUGUCUGUGGCCUUUUUCUGUGAAUUUCUACUUUCUUUUACGGUGGCAACGAACUGUUAUAGUAAUAUAGAACUGUUUAACAAUAAUUAUAGUAAUUCUACACAAACCUCACCUCAGUUGCCAUGAUCUAUCACGUUCAAAAUCUCAAAUAAAAGACGAACGAGCUGUUAAAAAUUUAUUGUAGCCGUCUCAUCCACAUGUAUACGAUGCAAAGAUAUUCUACUUAUCAUCAUAAUGUCCCUUCCAUCAUAUGUCGAUCUCACAAAACGUCUCCAGGAAUUAUUUUCCAUUGGCUACAACUUUGGAAAGGUCGCUAUAUCCACUCAGAAUUCUGCCAGCGAGGCCGUGGAAUUCAACGCCAAUGGAUCACAAGACAUUGAAGACAGUAGCGUCACAUCUGACCUCUUGGUCAAAUUCAACCACUUGUGCUCUUGUGUGUACAAGUGGAGCUCAAACAACAACGUGAGUAAGGAAGUUACGUUUCAAGACAUUCUGACGCCCGGCCUGAAACUGGGCGGUGUUUUCCAAUACAAUUUGGACUCUCAAGUGAAAAACUGGAACGCUCAGGGGCAGUACAAAUUAGCGAAUUGCACUCUUGAUUGCUCAAUUGAUGGCGAAGGAGAAAGCAGUAGUUUGUUCCUGAAUGGAAGCAUUGUUGCCGGCCUACGAGGCUUUGUAACGGGUUGCGAAUGCAAGUUUGAUACCGGGGAAGGAAAAAUGAUUGCCAGCAGCUUAACCUGCGGAUAUCUUGACCCGGGUGCCAGUUACUUGUUGGUACGAGUGGAUUCUAGGGGUCUAAUUACUGGGAGCUAUUUUCAGCAAGUCACACCCUGCUUGGAGUUGGGGGUGGUCAGCAUGCCAAAUAGCGAAGACGGUCCCAAGAUGGACAUUGCCACCAAAUUCGCUCUCAGCCCCCAAGUUCUCACCCUCCGAGGUAAGGUGAACAACAGAAGCGAGCUGGGCGUUGGGUGCGAUUUCCAGGUCGUGAAGGGCAUGACCCUCUCCUUCUCCUCGGCCAUCGACUUGAAGACCUUCAACUCUGGGAGCCACAAGUUUGGAAUUGGUCUCGCAUUCGCGCAGUAACAGGAAAUAUGUUCAGUCAGCUAUUCCCUACAAUUUCAACCAUGUACAUAAUACAAAUUACACAAUGAUUACGGAUUUAUUUUGUCAUAUUUUAUCAGUGCAUGGAUGAAAUAAAUGGUCGAAGACUAAUGUCGCUACAUUAAUUUUCGCUUCCUUAGAAGGAGAAAGGAGGAGAAAACCUGUCUCAUAUUCAUGGCAUGGUGGGUAGUGUAUUAAUACAAAAGCGUGCGUAACUUUUUUUCCUCCGGAGGAAAGAAUCGAUUCGAACCGCACCCUGAGAGCAUCCACCACCGUUCAGCACUAUUCACUCCGAAUGGAGAAACCCGGAGAUUAUUUUUUCAUGGGAUUUUAUUGGAUAGAGGGGAGAACCCCUGCCUGGCAUUUCUAGGGUGGAAAGUUGAGGAGGAAGGAAGAACCCGAUGCAACAUCACCAACCGAACCGACACCCCAGUAUUUUCCCUGCGUCUCACACUACGAAUUGUCCGAAAUUCUGAGAUUCGCAGCACCGAGAGAUCUCAAUCCGCUGAGAGAAGAAAAGAGAAGAAAUCUGCUGCGGUUCACAUCACCUCACUGACUGGGAAACAAUAGCAGUGAUAUCUUUGCAACUGAAUCACUGAUUAUUGUCAGCGCGAAAAGCUGCCACACACCACUGCUGCUCCUUGUAAACAACAUUGACAAUUUGGCAUAACAAAUAAAUAAUACCAUAAAUAAAUAUUAAUAGUGUU